AUGAUAUCAAAUGAUGUCAAUGUUAUCAAGUGCUGGUUCUCCAAAUUAUCACCAAAGCAGCUACUGAUAAGACAAAGCACAGCUAAUCCCUUGCCACGUCUACAAAAAGAACCCUGGCAAGGCAAGAUUAUUUACAACCAGAGUCAAAACAUCCAAGCAUGGUUUGAAUGCUCUCACCCUGAACAAGCAACCAGGAAACAGCUGGCUAAGGAAAUUGGCAUUCCAGAAAUCUUUCAAGCUUUCUAGAGGAACCAAUACCUUGAUAUUGCCACCAGGAAAACACUAGCCAAACAGGCAUUUGGAAUUGAGAAUUCAAAGAUGUGGUUUCAGGACCCAAGAUCUCUGUACCCUGGGCAGAGGAGAAGUGAGCCUGUGGAUUCCUUACUAGAUGGCCCAAAUGUGAGACCCAGUCCGACAGUUCAGCAGCCUGAAAUUGACCUGUGGCCUCUUCCAGGAGACCCAGAUACUCAGGAUCCUUUCUGGUCUCAAUACCAAGAACACCAGGACCACCAAGGACAGACUGAUACGGGAAUGCUACAGUUGGAAGACUAUUCUCAGCCUCAACCUGAGCACACAAAAAAACAACCGCCACAGGAUCGGGGCCAGGUGGACAUAUCUUUCAUUCUGCAGCGGUGGGAUGAGUGCUGCCAGCUGACUGUAGAGUGGAAUCCUCAAAAGGGAACCAUUGAAACAGGCUGA